AUGGAGAAGUUGCUGGAACAUGAAAGACACAAGGGACCAGUGAAAUUCGAGGGUGUGGUUGUGAUUUUCACUGAGGCAGAGUGGAAGAGACUGAGCCUUGAGCAGAGGAACCUGUACAAAGAAGUGAUGCUGGAGAAUUUCAGGAAUCUAGUCCUGUUGGGUGAGGGUAUGUUCUCUUUCCUUAAUUUUUCCAUUCAUAUAUUUAUUGACCAUAUAGCCAGCCAAUGUUCUAAGCUCUUAGAACACAUCUCUGAAUAUUCAAAGCCAGGAGUCCGUCCCUGGCCCCUUUGCCCCUGCCCUCUGGCCUUUGACAGUCAGCAAUUUCUCAGCCACCAUGAGCUCUGCAGUCAUCUUAUUCCAUAUUCAUGUGCAGGAAAUCAACUCCAACCAGGGGAUCCUUGCCCAAAUGACCACCAGCAGCGGCAGCAACAACAUUCUGAUAAAAACCACUGGGGUGCCAAAGCAGAAGAUCAAGGAAUGGGAUCUACGCCUUUGUUUUGGAGCACAAAUGAGAAGGGGACUUAAGUGGUUUUCUCUAGCCCGCUCCAGGGACCACCAGUAAGCUCUCAGGGAGGCAACAAAGUGUUGAAGGUACAGCUCAGUCCAGCCCAGAGGGUAAGCUCUGGGGAAGCAGACAACAUUCCUGAGAGGGUAGAACUCUCAGGAUUUGGAGCAGUCAGGUAGAGGUGUGGACUAGGUUUUAGCCAGAAGUCAAACCUCUUCAGACACAGGCUGUCACGAGCGGAGAUAUCUCCUGUGCAGAAAGUGUGGGUGAAGCUUUAGCAGGAAGUCACAUCUCAACAGACAUCAGAGGACACACGGGAAAAGCCUUAUAUAUGUGGGGAGUUGUGGUCAAGGCUUUAUAGAUAAGCCACCCCUCUACAACCACCAGAGUACACACUCAGGUGAGAAGCUUUAUGUAUGCAGGGAAGUGUGGGCAAGCUUUUAGCCACAAGUCACACACACACAAGGGAGAAGCCCUUUGCAUGAUGUGUGGGCGAGGCAUUAGUGAAAAGUCAGACCUCAUUAAGCACCAGAGGAUUCACACAGGGGAUAAGCCUUAUGUGUGCAGGAACUGUAGCCAAGGCUUUAGGGUGAAAUCACACCUCAUCACACA